AUGCGAAAUCGGCUCGCGCUGCCCAGCAUAGUCCGCAAUGGCGCUCAUAUGGACGGGUUGGGUUGGAAGAAGGUCAAUAAGCCCGGUUUUGGCCUUCGACGCCCCAAUUACAUUGCAAAAAACACCCGCGCUUCGAUUAGCUGUCGACGCAGACCAACAGAAGAGGCUCAGUCGGUAGAGAACGCCUGGGCUCAGCAAGUUAACCGAAAAAUCAUCCCCCGACCAUACGUUGUCAACCUCACUACCGUCUACCUGCUGAUACGAGCUUUGGAUCCAACUCACCGGGACUACCUGAGACUGCUUAUUGCUUCGCCCCUGGCCAUGCUAAUAGAUAGUGACCAGGAUUUACACUCUGGAUGUCUCAAAACCCGCAAUCAUAUCAUGAAUGGGCUUGUUUGUUUCCUCGGGCAACGAGGCAACAGCGGUUGA